AGUAUAUAUAGUGGAGAGGGUAUCUGGUGAAAGAGCGAAAAAAACCACCAAACGGCUAUUAUUGACGUUACAGAGACAGCGAGGCAGGGGACAUACAGAGAGACUUACGCACAGUUAGAUAGAGAGAGGGGGAAGAGAGAGCUUGGGCAUUUGAGAGAUCGUCUGUUCUGUUUGAGGGGUUUUGGGUGUUUUUUUUUUAUUAUUAUUGGCCAAAAUCUUCGAGGGGGGAUUUUGGCCUUUGGUUUUUGGGGGUUUUGAUCUGGUCCGAGGAGGAUCUGAAUUUUCCUGGGUUUGUGAGGGAAAGCUGAAAUUCAGCAUUGGGAAUUUAAAUUUAGUGUUAAUCAUGUCUGAUGGGUAUUCUAAUUCCAAGAAGAGUGAUGAUAUUUGCGAGGAAGUUUGUGGCCAGCAGGCGUCCCGUGUAGCAUUGGGCAUGUCCAGAUUGCGGUGUGUCUUGAGAGGAUUGGACUUCAAGACUUACAUAUUUUUGUUUGUGGUGGUUCCAUUGUGUCUUUUUGGAGCAUAUUUACAUGGUCAGAAAAUCUCCUAUUUUCUGAGGCCUUUAUGGGAAUCUCCUCCUAAACCCUUUCAUGAAAUCCCGCAUUAUUAUCAUGAGAACGUGUCGAUGGAGAAUCUUUGCAGACUUCAUGGGUGGGGAAUUCGCGAAUCACCGAGAAGAGUCUUUGAUGCAGUGUUGUUCAGUAAUGAAGUAGACAUUCUUACCCUUCGUUGGAAGGAAUUGUAUCCUUAUAUAACUCAGUUCGUGCUUUUUGAGUCAAACUCGACAUUUACUGGCUUGCCCAAACCAUUGCUCUUCUCGCUGAAUCGUGAUAAAUUCAAAUUCAUAGAGUCACGGCUAAGUUAUGGGACAAUUGGGGGUAGAUUUAAAAAAGGAGAAAACCCGUUUAUCGAAGAGGCAUAUCAAAGAGUAACAUUAGAUAAGCUUCUUAGAAGAGCUGGAAUAGAGGAUGAUGACUUGUUGAUAAUGUCUGACGUUGAUGAGAUUCCUUCAGCCCACACAAUUAAUCUCUUGAGGUGGUGCGACGACAUCCCUCCCAUUCUUCAUCUUCAAUUCAAGAACUACUUGUACUCUUUUGAGUAUUACGUUGACAACAACAGUUGGAGAGCUUCAGUUCACAGAUAUCAGACGGGAAAGACCAGAUAUGCACAUUAUCGGCAGACAGAUGUCCUCUUGUCCGAUUCUGGGUGGCAUUGUAGCUUUUGCUUUCGGCAUAUCAGUGAGUUCAUAUUUAAGAUGAAAGCAUACAGCCAUUAUGACCGGGUGAGGUUCUCUCAUUUCUUGAAACCCUCUAGGAUUCAGGAGGUGAUUUGCAAAGGGGCUGAUCUGUUUGAUAUGCUUCCUGAAGAAUACACAUUUCAGGAAAUAAUUGCAAAGAUGGGACCUAUCCCUCGUUCCUAUUCCGCUGUGCAUCUCCCUUCAUAUUUGUUGAAUAACGCUGAGAAGUACAAGUAUCUAUUACCUGGUAAUUGCAAAAGGGAAGGUGGCUGAUUCUAUUUGAAAUAACAAGGUUGAGGAUGCAGAUUUUGCUUUGGGCUGUGUUUGAAUUUUUGAUGGCCAUGUUGUGGCAUUAAUUGGUAGAGAGCUAUAACUUGUCUGAAAAAUUCUCGAUCAUUCUUUAGACACCGGAAGAGCUUGAUGGGUCCUUGAUUUUGGGGGAAAAAUUAUGUACAUUCCGUUUUGGUUUCUUCCAACAUGGAGGUAUAUAUUGUUUAUCUAUUCAGGGAUUGUAUUUGAGGUUCAAUAGCACCUUUGAAUGCUUAUGUACCACCACCUCUCGUUAGCAUGUCUCGAUCUCCUUAGCUCAUGAGAUUAGAAUUGAUAUAUCCCAGGUUUCUAUGGUUGAAAUUUUGUUGUGAUGCUUUUGUUUUUUUGGGUAGUAAUCUUAUGAUUUGCUUCUAACGGUGACUACAAUGUCGAUUUAUCA